AUGUUCUUAAGGUUUUACAAAAACGAAAAAGGAGAGAGAGUAUAUACAUUAUCGGCAGUAAACAAGGAAGGGGAAAUCACAUUUUCAGCUCAUCCAGCAAGAUUUUCACCUGACGACAUUUAUUCAUCUCAAAGAAUUGCAUGUAAAAAGAGAUUUGGGUUAUUGCCAACUCAACGUCAAUAA